UCAGUUAGUGUUCGUCUUCGGAAUAAUGCAGUUCAUCCACUCGAAUUUUCACAUGAAAAUUGCUGGUGAAUUUAGACUAGUGGAGAAGAAAAAGAACUUCUUCUGGUAUGACUAAAUAGAUUCUACAAUGGUUAAUAACUUGUGAACAUAUCUACAAAAAUAUAUCGGAAACGAAAGACUAAAAAAUGGCGAGUGUAACAAAACAAUCAUAUAUAAAAGUGCUUCAAUAUAUAAUUUUCUUGGGCCUGUUCACCUAUAUUACUGAAGGAAGACGCAAUCCUUUGAAAGAUCCAUCGAUUUGUGGUAGACCAGAAUGUGAUGAUACCAACUGGAAAUUUAUCUACGAACCUAAUACUAUAUACAGAUAUGAAUAUUCCCUGCACGUCCGAACACAAUUUGCCGGCAGCGGCGAAAAUACAUCUGACAUCCAUGUUAUUGGUGAUGUUGAGAUGAUUUUCCCAAAAAAAUGUGAGGGACUCCUUAGAAUACUCUCGCUGGAAGCCAGGGAUCGUAUAUCCCCACAAGUUGAGCAAUCUAAAAGCAAGAAUUCUGAUGAGUUCGAUGAUGACUAUACAGAUCAAGAAGAAAUCGAAUUACAUCCAACAAGCUAUAAACUUGCGGAAGAUGUAACAAAGUACGAGCUGAGAUUUUCCUUCCAGGAUGGUCUCAUAGCUGAAAUUUGUCCACAUGAUGAUGAAGAAAAUUGGGUACUUAAUCUGAAGAGAGGCAUUUUGUCAGCCUUUCAAAAUACAAUGACACGCUUUGAUAUUGAUCAUCAUACCGUAGAGAAAGACAUAUCUGGGGUUUGUGAUGUAAAAUACAUUCUCGAAGGAGGUGAAGAUACUGCUUUGAUAAUUAAAAAAAUUAAAAAUACAGAAUCCUGUAAACAUAGAUACAAAACCAAUUCAAUCCUUCAGACAACUUCCUAUGAAUUCCACGGAGAUACUACUGCAUGGCCAAUACUACAGACAGAUAGUUACUGUAAUAUUUCAGUGGAUCAUUCAAUAUAUAAUGGUGUUAAAUGCUACGAGAGGCAUCAACUGGUACCAUUUUCUAAUAAUCAAUCGGGUGCUGUAACUGAAUCCACCCUUCAACUUAGACUUAAUGAUGAAAUAGUCAUUGACUAUGCUGUAGAUGAUGAAUUUCAACCCAUAGAACGGCGAUCAACUUUACUAUUUGACCAUGCACCCACAGCAAAACCCACACAUGGGGAGAUUAAAGCGUCACGAGAGUAUCUGAAAGAAAUGUGCAAGCUCGGUUUUCCAGACAUUCAACGAGAUUUUCCUGAUAUUCUCAUGAAAUUCCUCUCAAAUGCCCGUCUACUGUCGUACAAUGCACUACAGCAACUACUCGCUCGAGCAGGGAGUAUUUGUGAAAAUGGGAAAAAUCAUGUUCUCGAUAGUUUGCCAUACAUAGGCAGUACAGCGGCUGUACUGCUAAUACGUGAUCAAAUUGUUCGUAAUGCAAUUAGCCCACAAUUAGCUCAAGAUUGGAUAUCAUCAAUUGCAUACAUAUCGCAUCCAGAUGAUGAAGUUGUCGGUGCUAUGUUGACACUCAUUGAAUACGGUAAAGGAGUGAGGAAUCCUAGUUAUGUUUUAGCAAGUACAGCUGUUGUUCACAGCUACUGCAAACACCAUGCUAAUUGUCACGAGAAGGAGAAUGUCCGAAAGAUACUGCAACAUCUUGAACAAGAUAUAAUGACUGGUAUGAAUUACUCAAUUCACACGCGGAAGACUAAGGAAGAUUUGUUAGUUGCCCUCAAGGGAUUGGGGAAUAUUGGGGUGAUAAGUGAGAAUUUUGAAGAAGUCCUCGAAGAAAUUAUCACAGACAGUACAAUUCCAAUUGAUGUGCGACUUCAAGCAAUUUUUGUAUUUAGACGAUUGGAUUGCAACAAGAGCAAAAAUUACUUUUUGGAUAUAUAUGGCAACUUUACGGAGAAUUCAGAAAUAAGAAUUGCAGCAUAUCUGCAAACAAUGAAAUGUCCUGAUUAUCAUUCAAUUGAAUGCAUACGAGAUAUCCUUGUGCGAGAAGAAGUAAAUCAAGUGGGAUCAUUUGUAUGGUCACACCUAACGAAUCUCGCAAAAUCAUCUUCACCAGUCAGGGUGGAAGCUCAAGGAUUGAUAGUUGAUGGAGAUUUGGGGACAAAAUACAAAUUGGAUAUAAGAAAAUUUUCAAGAAAUUUCGAGUACAGUGUCUUUUUCAAUGACUACAACUUUGGAGCUAAUGUCGAUAGCAAUUUAAUAUUUGGCACCGAUUCCUAUCUACCAAGAACAUUUUCUCUCAAUUUCACAACGGAUCUCUUUGGUGAGAGUGUGAAUUUAUUGGAAAUUUCCACACGAACUGAAGGAUUUGAACACUAUCUCGAAGCAAUUUUUGGUCCAAAGGGACCCCUUAAUACGGAGAAAUUUAAAGAAAAAUUUUCAUUUCUUGGAAAUUAUUGGAAAGACUCAUCAAUUAGCUCAGAAGAGGAUGAUAUAAAUUUUGAAAGGCUCAAUAUGAAAGUAAAGCCAGAUUCAGAAGGUGAAUAUGAUGAUUCAAUGGAGGUAGACGAUAUGAGGGGUAAAAGGGAAGUUGAUACAAAAGAAGAACUCGAUACAUCUAUUAGCAAUUUAGGUCACAAAUUGAAGUACAACUUCAACAAUCCCAAAGCAUCUUUUGGCUUGAAAGUUUUUGGGAAUGAUUUGAAGUACUUCACGAUUGAGGGACAUAGUGAGGUUGCCAAUACUGUUGCAAAGAUGAACCCAAUGAAAUACAUUACUGAAUUACUAUCUGGAAAAGAGAUAACUUAUACAAAAUCUGGCAUUUUCCUCGAUCUCUCCUAUGAAAUUCCAAUGAGCUCCGGGGUGCCGCUAGCACUUACAGCCCAAGGAGCAUCAUCAGUAGAUAUGAGAAUGUCUGGAUUACUGCGUGCGGCGGAUUUUAUAAAAACGCGCCAUUUCAACGUGGAAGGACGACUUAAACCAAGUGUUUCCUUGGACAUUGUCACAUCAAUGCAAAGUGAUCUAUUUUACAUGAAUACUGGCAUAAAGGUUAAAAGUAAUUUAUAUUCAAGCUCAUCCGUAGAGGCAAAGCUGAAAGUAAGGGGUACGAAAUUAAUAUCCCUCCAAUUUAGCAUUCCACAGAAUCGAAGUAACAUCUUUAGUGCUCGAUCUGAACUUCUUGUUGUAAAAGAUAAUGAAGUUAUACCACAGAUUGGCAUAAAGAAGCGUUUUACAAAUCAAACAUGCACCUGGCCAGUAAUUGAUAGAGCAAUUGGAUUAAAAUUAUGCACAGAAUAUAGUUUACCAGAUGCCAGUAAAGAAAUUGGUCUACCCAGCUUCAUUUUAACUGGACCCAUUAAUGUGGACAUACAUCUGGAUAAGGCAGAUCCAACAGCAAAAAUAUUCCUUUUUGAAUUUCGUUGGGAUACAAACACCACUGGAUCCGUAGCAUCAUUUAUAUUCCAGACUCCUGGUUCAGCCAUACCAAGGAGUUUUAUUGCUAAUCUCACAACUAGUGAUGUAGAAAAUACACUAACUAUGUCUUUUACAAAUGCCGCCACAUCAUAUGCAGCAGUUGGUACGUACAAAAAUACAGAAAAUGAAAAGAAUCUCGAAGUAUAUCUGGACAUAAAUGGUCAGAAGGGUUUAUCCCUGGAAAUGGGAUACAAUAGAACGGAAAUUAAAAAUGGAUACAUGUACUUCCCAUCAUUCUUCCUCACCGUCAACAAUGACAAAAUUGCCGGGCUUGGUGGUAUGUUAAAGUUAACAAAUAAGAAAGAUGUAUCUCAAUGGGAUGUAAAUGUUGUCUUUGAAACGAAACGUCUUCAGGCUAAGCUCACGGGGUACAUUACUGAAACGGAGGCUUCUCUAUCAACAAAAUUGGCCAUAGAGUAUCGCUUUUUGGAUCAAAAAGUUGAAAGAGUCGAUUUUCAGGGUGACAUUGCGAAUCGAAGUCAAAAAGGACGAACAGAUUAUCAAGGAUCUGCAAAAUUAAGGACAACAGCUUAUGAAAAGUACAAUUUUGCCAGCAAUAUGAAGUAUGUCUCUGCAAUGGGGCAUGCAGAAUGGCUCUUGAAUGUCAAUAAUGCAAAAGAUUUAGUAAAUCCAGAUUAUAAUUUGGGUAUAAGAAUGGUAUUUGCGAGAUUCCAUCAUGUGGAAAAUGGAAGAACGACAGCAUCUAUUGAAAUAACUCGUCCCAUUUCCAAAACUGACUUGAAAUUCAUGAUAAAAUAUGAGGAGAAAGUCAAAAAUGGGUCAGAACACAAUGUCCUAGUUCUAGCCAGGUAUGCACCACAGAAAGAAAUAACAGGUGUUGUCUCAAUGCUCUUCCCACGAAGGCAGUUGUUUGCUGUUGAUGUGGCUGUUAAUCUCACUGUACCGGCAUUUGAUUCGUGCACUGUAAAUUUAAAAUUGUACGAAAAAGCCCGAAAGGACUACAGCAUCGAUUUCAAGGGAACCUGGUUCUCAGGACAUUCAAUGACUGCCAUUGGAAAAUAUGAAGAUCGCAGUUCGUCCAUUAAAACAUUCCAUCAUGUGAAAUUGAACAUACAAAGUCCAUCCUUUGAAGAUACCCUCGUUGAUGCACGGUACUCCCGUGAUGAGUAUGAAGUUUUUGUUGAUUGCCAAGUUGACUACAGUGGUCAACCAUAUGGGCUAAGCUUAAAAUAUUCAGAACAAUCCACUUAUGAGACGUAUACAUACACGGAGAUCAAGUGGAAGGAUAAAUUCUAUUGGUUAUCAGCCAAUAUGACAUCAAGUCAGCCCAAGCAAUUAAUUGUGGAAAUUCAUCUUGAUAAAUUCCGGGAUAUUCAUGUAAUUUUGCGAUGUUUAUCCAAUGAUUUCAAAAAAGAAGCUGGUAUUGAAAUAAAAUGGGAUGCAAAUCGCGAUCCAACGCAAAAAUUGGCAAUUUUUGGUGAAUUCAACACACCCAUGCAUAAAUCGUAUGAUGGCCGUUUUAUUAUUGCCUACCCGGAGCGAACAUUUAGUGGGACAUUUGAUUACAAAUCAGAAGAAGCAAUUUGCAAAGCAAAUGCAAGACUUGGAUGGAGUUCAUUUGAAGCUAUUGAACUAAAGUACGAAAGUGGAAAUCUACCGGGACCAGUGAAGGAUAUGUGGACAACAAUUAUAAUUAACACACCUUUCGAUGGAUGGAAACAGAAUUCAAUCAACACUGGUCUUCACUACAAUAACAACCUCUUGCUGCUCAAUGGAAGUGUUGUUUGGGGAGAGAAUUUUCUCGGAGUGGAAUUUAUGGGUGAUUAUGAGAUAAAGGAUCCAAUUUUUGGCUGUGAAUUCCGCACAGCAUUGAAUAGUUCCAUUGCAAUUAUGCCAACAUUCAUUAUUCACUUCAAACAUCGGCAUGAUGAUAAGAAAGUCGAUACAGAUGCCACGGUGAAGCAUACAGCCUACAAUGAGAGUACACAGACAUACUCCAUAAAAUCUUCCUGGCAGUUUGAUGUGAAUUCUGAAUAUCAAAAUGUUUCCGGGUCAUUGGCAUUUAGGAGUCCAUUUGAAAAUUACACAACAGGUGCUCUUGUAACGAAAUUCUCACUAAAUGACAAGAGACGCCUCAAGGGGGCUGCAGAUUUGGAUUUGGAAGAUAAAAAAUUCACAUUGGCCGUUGAGGGGCACAUAAAGAAGAUUACAGAUAAUAUGCUGGUGGUAAAUAUAACGACGCCAAUUGAGAGAUUUCGCAAUAUAGCUGGAAGAUUUGGGAUUAAUGAGAAAAAUCGACAUAUUGUGGCUGAAGUGAAGGGACCCAAGGAUGCCCUAGGUGUUGAAUUACUAUUCAUUGUGAAUUCAUUCACAAAUUUCGAUAUAAAAUUCCACCUUGCAACACCAUUGGAGGCAUUUGAAAAAAUUCUCCUUAUUGCUCUCAUGCAGAAUGACAAAGUGGACUUCCGUGGUGGAUGGAAUAAGGUGGUUUUGGGAUUUGUAGGCGUGUGGAGAUUUGUUAAUUUCACCGAUUUUGAAUAUUCCUACAAAGUAUACACACCUUUGGAUAAAUUUGAAGAAAAUGGCCUAGUUGUGCGUAUCUUGAAGACACACACAGAAUUAGACAGUGAAUGCACAUUUAAACUAGCCCAAUACAAGGUUGGGUACAAAGUUGCGGCAAAACCUAAACCCAUUCUCAUUAGGCAGCUUCAUCUUAAAAACAUUCACAGUGUUAUCAAUGAUCUCUUUUCGGGUGAAGAAGAGGACUUGGCAAAUGAACAAGAUUAUGAAGAAGAUGGUGAUGAAGAUAGUGAUGAUGACUAUGAAGAUGACUAUUUGAAUUUUAUUGCAUUCGUUGAGCUCGAUACAAUAAUCUUUCCAACGCUGAAAGGUAAUCUCGAUGUGGAAGAAGUUGACGAUACGUACUAUUGCUUUGGAACAAUUAUCCUCCCACAAGGUAUGAUUGAAUUUCGCGAUAAAUUUUACUUCCCCGACUACAUGACACAUAAAAAUACGUUAAGAAUUGUAACACCAUUUGCUGCUGUGAAAGAAAUCAAAUCAAAUUAUCAGACAAAAAUUGAUUUGAGGGGACACAAUAUGAAUUAUCUCUUUGGCUUGGACUUCAAUUACCUAAAUAAGGCAUCAUGGAUUGAAAGUGGUUUAGAAGUAAAUUAUUCAAGACGCGUUGAUGCACACGAAAUGUACAUACAUAAUGUGCAGGUGAAAUUCAAAACACCCCUUGAAUUGAUGCCAUUCCUCAAUUUGGAAGCACUAGUUGAGAUUGAAGAGAACAACUAUAAAGCAAAUAUUACGGGAACAACAAACACGACGCAAAUUUCAAUUUUUGGUCAUCUUGAUUUGGAUGAAAGCUACAUGGAUUGUAGUUUGGGAUUGAGUCUCGCAACACCCCUUGUACCAAGCUACAUGUACAGGGUGUACUUUAAGAAAGACACCACCACCACUGACAACACAUUUGAUUUAGGAUUCGACACCAAGGAUAGUGAUAUUUCAAAUAAUCUACAUGUAUGGACAUCAUGGAGAAAAGAUGAAUUACAUUAUGUGAGUGCAAAAGGAAAAAUUCGUACUACACUGUUUAAAGUUAAAAUGAUUGAUGGAACAAUUCUUAUUACACGAAAACCCCAUCCUUUAGCUCACUUCCGUGUGGGCUAUCAAACGCAAAAUAGCCCAAUUGCAAUCUUUCAAGCACGUGCUCAACAAAUUGAUCGAAAUGUUGAAUUGGAAAUUAAUUCACCUCUUGAGAAUUACCAAAAUAUCUCUCUUCACGGUACACUUGCAUCUACAGCCACAAAAGGACAAUAUAUAAUUCAUGGUCAUAUGAAUCGUACUUCGGUGUUGUAUCAUGUUACUGGGAAUAUUCAUUUGAGAGAUGAUGUCCCAAUAUAUGUCAAUAUAGGGCUACAACCGAUAAGUGGUGCUUCAAAUUGCACAAUGAUAUUCCUCUUGAAUGAUGUCCCCGGAGGAAAUGGGCACACUUUUCAAGUUAAAAUUGAACAAGAUGAGCAAAAUUUGCAAAUUGGCGGUGGAAUAUCAUAUUUAAAUAAGCUCAAUUGGCGCUAUGCAUUCACAUUGGCAUCCUCACAGGCUGAAAUGAAAAAGAUCAGCAUGAACUGCAGUCUACUCCCAGAUAGGAAUGGUCGAUUGAAGGGGAAUUUUGAUUUUCUCUCCCCAUGGAAUGAACUUGGAUUGGAAACAAUCAAUUUGGAGACAUUUUUGAAGAUUUCCCGUGAUACAGGUGAUAUUCAUGGAUCAUAUUUGUUGCCAAAUAUGAAGGGUUCAAGUCAGAUGUCUUGGUCAUGGGUGCUCCUUGAAAAUAUGCAUAUUCAUUUGGAAAAUAGAGUUCAGAGAUUGGAUGCAAAUGAGAGAUUAAUUGUGACUGAAUUUAAAUACAUUAAUCCCAAUAGAAAUCAACAUCGUAUGCAAUUGGGUGGGAGUAUCAAUGUUGACAAUGUAUGGCAUUUGGAAACAAAUACAACACUCUCAACCCCAUCGGCAAAAGACAUAAGUGCCGGGGCAACAAUUCGCCUUCCAAAACCAGUUGGGGAUAUUCAUCAUUUCUUCGGGAAAUAUCGUGGAAAUAUAGGGACAAAUGAUCCAAAUAUGGAAAUUAAUUAUGAAGCAAAGUAUGAAGCACUUGAGAGCAAUCGGCGCUUGGCAUCUCGAGGACAAUUCAGGAAUGUUUCGGAUCUACAGGGAUUCUUACGCAUUGAAUGGGGUCCAAAUGUGCGACAAGAUGGUGUUGAGGGCUACAUGCAAAUGCUACGUAAGGGUAUUCGUAAGGAGUUUGCCGUGAGAGUUGCAACACCCCUCCAUGAUGUGGAUAGCCUCAAAGCUAGUGGGAGUUAUGACUACAAAAAUAUCUAUCACGUAGUCACGGGGAGACUCUAUGUGCCAUCCACAAGACAAAUUGCCGAUGCUGAUGUCUCAUUCUCAAGUCUCUCCAAUACAAAGGGUAUGAUCAAUUCCACAACACCCUUCUUCAAUCUAACAUGGAUACGGGGAGAUUUUGAUUUCUCCACCAAAGGUGGUGAAUCGAAUAGAUAUAUUAAGACAACAUGGCCUACAAAUUUUGCUGUAUACGAUUCAAAGAGUGUACUAAAGUCAACAAAUUUAAAUAGAGACUUCCAAGGAACAAUUAAACUAGAAGUCCCCAUAGAAUCUAGGCAUUACGCAAAUAUUGUUUAUGGCCUCAAAGAGCGCCCUAUGCUAACCACUGGUAAUGCAGUAAUAGAAUAUAACAAUAAAAAAGUUCUCGAUGGAACGUACAAUUGCAAAACCGAAUCAAGGGCGGGAUUUGAGAAGGAAACAGUCAAUAUUGCAUUGGAGAACAACAUGAAACCAAUUGGCAUACAUUAUGUGCAUUUGAAGCAAUAUGCUGGACCCGAUGAUCCGGAAUAUGACAUGAAGCAUGCUGAAUUAUUUGAAUUGAGAAAUAGUCAAAUAUAUAACAUAACAGGUGAAUUGCACGUGAGAACAACAAUAACUGGGCAAGAGUAUAAAAUUCUAGCAAUUCACCCCAAUAGAACUGUAAUAUUCACAUCAGAAUAUGACUACCAAAAUAGUACUACGAAGCAAAAAUCAAAACUACAACUUGCACCAACUGUAUGGAUUGCCUAUGAUUGGCAACUGCAAAAUCUCUCAAGGACAGACAAUGAAUCUCAAGUAUUUGCAAUUGAGGUGUCUUACCCAAAGCGAAAUCUCGGAGCAUCCGGUUGGUAUGCCGUAACCGAUGACACCUUUGACUCGGACAUCUCACUGAAGUGGAAUAAUGAUCAAGAGUAUGAGCCAAAAGUUAUGCGAGCGGGUUUAGAAUGGAGAAAUCAUCCACUUGUGGGGACAGCAAAGGAUAAUCAGACAUGUACAUUUUCCAUUGGACAUCCAUCCUUCACGGAGGAUGUAACUUUUAAGGGUUUCUGGUACCGAAGUCAAAGUGAUUUGCUAAAAACACACGCUAUUGUGAAUUACUGCGACGAUCCUGAGCACGAAUUGAGACUCGGAUUUGAAAUUAAGGAUUGGACAAAUAUUUUGGGAUAUAAAAAUUAUUCCUACCUUAUCUACUCGUGGCAUGAGAUAUCUGAACUAGACUUACAUGUAGCAGGAUCACUAGGCAUACGUCCCGGCUAUUACAAUACAAUUAACAAUGGACGCUACAAGAGAGGAUAUCUACCACUAGCUGAAGGUAUCCUUUUGGGUUUGAUUGAUGUGAAGAAUAAGGAGAUCAAUUAUCAUAGAGCUAGUCCAUCAAAGGUUAAUCGCUUAUGGGUACGCGCCAAUGGAUUUUAUCCCAUCUAUACUUUGAAUGGAAGUAUUGAAGAUACCCCUGAUACGGAUACUUACAUGAAAUUUAUCAUUGAUUUUGAUGAGAAAUUCCUGAAAAUGGAUGUAAAUUUAACACCUGAUGCCACGCAGAAUAUUCGUAUGUUUGGAUCAAUUCCUGACUCAAGAAGUGCAUCAUUCUAUUUUCUACGGGACUACGAAGAUAUUCGUGUUGUGGAUGUUUCAUCGUACAUACGUAUGAAUCAUUCACGUUUGGUAACAAGCAAAAUAAUUUGGCGCCCCAAAAUAAAAGCAGAUCUUAAGAAUUUCAUUAAGAAAACCGCUGGAAAUUACUACGACGCUAUGGCUGAUGAUAUUGAUUAUUGGGUCAAAACUAUUUUUACGGAAACUAAUGAAACUAUCAAAGAUAUUUGGUACAAUGCAAAACAAUACACCGAAUACUUCCUUGAGGAUGUUGGCGAAUUAAAAUUCUUGGAAGAAGAUCUCGAAAAAUUCCACAAUUUCCUUAAUGCAUCGUACGAGGCAAAUGAUUUCUACGUGAGAUCAGUAGUUAAUUUCACAAUAACUAUAAUUGAUGAGCUUGCAAUAAGAAAUCAUAUUGAAUCUGUGCCAAAAAUUCUUCAAGAAUUGUGGCAUGUUAUGGGUGAAUCUGGACAAGCUCUGAGGAGAUCAAUUAUUUGGCUCAAGGACACGAUUAAAGAAUCGUACAAGAAUGUUGUAGAGAUGAUAUCAAAAAUCCUACAUGGAGAGUCAUUGGAACAUAUUUCAUCGAUUUUGGGAAAAGCCGUGGAAAAGUAUGAUAGAUUUAUAAAGGAUUUGCAUCUAUCAUUGAUAAAAUACGUUGAGAAUUUGUACACACGCAUAACGGAUAUGUUGGCAUCAUAUUGGCAAAAAAUACUCCAAAAUAUUGAACCGUCAAUCAUUAAGUUUGCCCAUUACGUUGAAAUGAUGAUGUGGAAUGUGAGCAAAGAAAUUUUUGAUUUUCUCUACAAGAGAACAAAUGAAUUCACUGAAUCGCCGUACUUCAACAAAGUGUCCAACUUUACGCAAGAUCUCGAUAGAGUUUACAAGGAUUUCGUUCAAAAUGACGCAAUAACUAAUAUAAAGAAAUACUCUGUUAUUGCAUGGCAAUUCCUAAAGGAUAAAUACUUUAAAUUUGUACCUUUUGGCAAGGAAUUGCAUGAGGUAUACCUGGAACUGUGGGAGGAGAUAAAGGGAUUAAAGAAGCUGGAGACAGUGCAAUUCUUCAUGCAGCGCAUGUAUGAUGUUCAAUCAAAAAUAAUUUGGUUAAUUGAUGAAUUGCAACUUGAAAAACGUCUUCAGCAGCUGCUCACAUUGUUUUCCAUUUGGACGGCACUCUAUGAAAUUAAGAGGCAAUUAGAUCCAAAUAUAUGGUUCCCACCUUAUAAAUCUUCCUCAAUUCUCAUAAGAUCACGCCACUAUAUGACUUUCGAUAAGAAAUUUGUUAAUUUAAAUGUUACCUAUGAACGCAUUAAGCACAAUGAAAAACCAGAUCAAUGUACGUAUUUACUUGCAAGGGAUUGGAUGGAUAACAACUUUACGCUUGUCUUGGAGCCAUCUAUUAUAUCCCAUGAAAGUGAUCUUAUUUCCACAAGAAAAUUAUCGUUAAUUGCAGAAAAUGAAAUAAUUUCUAUGGACAUUCUAAGUCAAUCUGUACGUAUACGGAAGAAUAUAGCAUCAUUGCCGGUUGUAGUGGGUGAUAUAGUUAUAUACAGAGACUCCGACAUUAUUUACAUUCAAUCAGAAAAGGGCUUUGAUAUUAUUUGUAAUCUUCAAUUUGAUAUUUGCACCCUGGAGCUAAGUGGAUGGUAUUUUGGUAAAACUGCUGGUUUACUGGGUACAAUGAAUAAUGAAAUUACUGACGAUUUAACCACCAGCACCAAUUGGAUUUCACAGACUCAGGAUGAAUUUAUUAAAAGUUGGGCUCUCAAUGAUUGUUCCCAAAAACAAAAUUACAUUGGAACAGAGAAUUUGUCUCACUACAACACAACACUGUGUGAUACUUUCUUCAAGAGUAAACUCUCAUACUUUUCACCAUGCUUCUCUGUAGUCGAUCCAAGGGAAUUUUUUGAAAUUUGCAUAGACUUGAGCAUGAAUUCAAUUGAAAAUGUAAUUCAAGAUGGUAACCCAAGUCCACGUGGCCCUUGUACAGCAGCUCUAGCUUACAUUGAAGCAUGUAAUGCAGAAAAAACAUUGCUGCGUGUACCGGAUGUGUGUGUUUUUUGCGAAUUAAAUAAUGGAACCUUCAUUCCUGAGGGGACAUUCCUCAAUUUCGAAGAGAACAUUGCAAAAACCACUGAUGUUAUAUUUAUUGUUGAAGCAAAAGAAUGCAAUAGAGAUCUCCUAACAGCAAAGAGUCUCACAUCGGUUGUGAGUGCCCUUCAGAAGGAACUGUUGGACAGAGGAAUCACUAACAACAGAUAUUCCGUCAUUGCUUUCGGAGGUGAACGUCCUUUUGAUAAACCACGCAGCAUUGUUGUGAACAACGAAGUCUUCACGGAUGCCAAGAAUCUACCAUCAUUCUUUGAUCAUAUAGCCAUUGGGAAUGGAACAAAUAACGAUAUCUUCCAAGCUAUUAGUGUAGCUGCAAAAUUAAUUUUCAGACCAGGAGUUUCAAAGACUUUCAUCCUCUUGCCAUGCUCUCAGUGCAAAUCUAGCGAUAGUAAAUUCGACUACUCCUCCCUAUUGCAACUACUGCUGGAACAUGGAAUUAAACUGCACAUUCUAAUGGAUCAAGAAAUUCUCUUUGACAAGGGAAGAGCUGGACGGAUGUUUUACGGCAUGGAUAGAGAUUAUGCAUACACAAAGAAGGAUUUGCAAGAAUUAAAGGGAGAUACGGAAUUGAGGAAGCAGGUGCGACUACCAAAAGCUACCCUGGGUCUGUGUACGCCAUUAGCCAUUGAGAGUUUAGGGUCGGUAUUCUCAGCUCGGAAAUUGCGACCAGAAAAGAAAAAUCCAGUAAAGAAAUUCUCAACGGUCUUUGCCAAGAGAGUGGCUAAAACAGCUACCCCGCCCACGUGUCAAACAUGUGAAUGUACUGGACAUAAUUCCGGAAUAGCUUAUGUUGUAUGCUACCCAUGUUCAUAUCCAAACCCUACCAGUUGGGAUUACGGAUUCAACGAGGAUUCUCAUCAAGGAAGUGAUCCUGAUGAGGAUUUCGAGGAUGAGGAUUAUAAUAAUUAGCUUUUAGUGUUUUUUUUUAAAUUCUUUUGUGGAAAAUCUUUUAAUUUUAAAAUCUAUAUGCAGAAAUAAAUAAUUUUUACUCUAAAAGAAA